AUGAACCCGAAAUUAUUCCUCUUACUCUGGAUUUGGCUCCUUGGUUGGGAUUGCGCCACCGCCCGAUGCGUUUCUCGAGGUGAAUGUGUUACAAUUAACGGACACCCAAAGCCGUGUUCGGUCAAUUCAGAACCAACACCAAUUUUUAAUAACAUUACUGGCGCUGAACGAGAUGAUCUCUACAAUAUUUUAGAACAACGAUGUCCCCAUUUGGUAAUUAAUGAAGAAGGGAAUAGAAUUCCAGAUGACGAAAUUUUGACCUGCUGCGAUCCGAUACAGGUUGAAGUUUUCGCUGAAAGUCUCCUACUAGCAGACAGUGUGCUUGGAAGAUGUCCAGUUUGUCUAAGAAGUUUCAUGAGACAAAUAUGUGAAAUGAAUUGUUCACCCGAUCAGGCGCGAUUUGUUGAUACCGUAGUUGAAACCGCCCCCGACGGAACAGAGUAUGUGAAUGAAAUAAAUUACAGACUUCAUAAUGACUAUAUGGAUAAUGCUUUUAAAGCUUGUUCAGAAGUAAUGUUGCCUCAAUCUGGAAUGCCAUCGGUGAAUUUAAUGUGUGGGAACGCUCCAGUCUGUAACGCUGACGCAUGGUUUGGAUAUACAGGUGACACCGAAAAUAAUCCAUUCGUAUCUCUACAGGUCAACUUCUUGAGAGUAAACUCUACCGAAGAUUCAAUGCAUGUUCACGCUCCAUUAUGCCAUGAAAGUAUUGAAGGAGAUAUACCAUGCAGUUGCAUUGAUUGCUCCGCAAACUGUCCUUCUGGUGAGAUAAUUAUACCACCUAUCUGUACUGUACUUUCUGUAAAUUGUAUCGGCUUUUCAGUCGCAAUAACCUUUGGAGUAAUUAGUAUCACUGUAUUUAUUGUACUAACAUUAUUAGAGUAUAAAAGACAAUGUAAGUUAAAGCAAAAUAGUAACUCAACGCAAAAUGAAGUUAAUACUAUAACAAGGGGCUUUCAAAGCCUUUUUGAAAGCAUCGGUACAUUUAGUGCUGAUAAUCCUAUUAUGAUGAUAAUGAUGAUGUCUUGGGUAGUAUUUAUACUGUUUUUUGGUCUGGGUCGCCUGCAGUUAACUGCAAAUCCUUUAGAAUUAUGGUCGGACCCUCAAUCGAUUUCUCGUCAGCAUUUUAACUAUUUCAAUUCGAGAUUCGGUCCAUUCUAUCGGGCUGCUCAAAUAUAUUUAACAAUUGACCUUGAGCCAAUUCAAGUAGACAACACAACGUAUGGUCCUGCUUUUAGAGUGGAAGCGAUACAAGAGUUGAUCAAAUUGGAAGAUGCUAUAAUAAACAUAGGUCGAGAAGAAGGUUCUGUAAAACUGGAAAACGUUUGCUACGCACCUCUUCGUGCUCGCGGCGCAGAACAAAAACUAAGUGAUUGUGUAUCAAUGUCUGUAUCGGCUUACAUACCGAACAGAAUUAUUAAUAACAAUACGUACUUAACAAAUAUACAAAAUUGUUUAAACAACUAUUUAUCACUUAGUUGCUUACAAUCUUGGGGUGGAGGUGCUGAUCCAGAACUAUCACUGGGUGGAUAUGAAGAAGAUUUUAUUAGUGCACACACACACAUUAUUAAUUUCCCUAUAACUAAUCAUUUGUCUAAAGUAGAUCUGGAGCCUACACUGGAAUGGGAAAAUAAAUUCAUUGAAUUGAUGCACGAUUAUGAACAGAAUUGGAAGUCAGAUUUUGUUGACGUAGCUUUCGCAGCCGAAAGGUCUAUUGAAGAUGAAAUAGAGAGAAUAUCGGAAGCGGAAAUAAUUCCAGUUGCGAUUAGUUACAUGCUUAUGUUUAUAUAUGUGAUAUUUGCUCUUGGCAAUGUAAGAAGAAUUCAAACGUUCUUCCUUGACAGUAAAAUAAGUGUUGCAAUUGCUAGUAUUAUUAUUGUUUUGUUAGCGAUAGUUUGUGCCAUGGGUUUAUUGGGUUUCAUGAAUGUUACUAUCACACUAUUAGCUAUCAAUGUGAUUCCAUUUUUCAUUCUAUCUGUUGGUAUCGAUAACGUUUUUCUUAUGGUUAAUUCCAUACAAUAUAUACAAACAAACCUUACAAAAUAUAGUGAAUACAAGGAAGAUAUGAGUUUUGAAAAAAACGCCGCUUCAUUUUUGGAACGAUGA